GGUUAAGUGACGUAUGGAGCGCAGAUGGAUGCAAUAUAUAUACUGCAGCAAAUAUUUUGGACUAAGCGACAAAUCGAGGCACAGCAGAAAUAGGAACAAACACUGACAACUGUGAUUCAUCUUUAACACUGUAAACACAGGAGCCACCGUUUGUAUAAGCGACACCAGGCAAAUGGCGUCAUAUUCGAGACCGGCACCAAUGGCUUCACAAGAGGAGUUUUCAGACUUGUACGAGUGUGAUACAGACUCCUUGGGGAAGCCAGAUUGCGUUUCACAGCCAGACACAUUAGACAGGGGAAAUGCUGAUCCUGACAACGCCGGUGAUUCAACUGUAUCAGAUCAAAACACCAAUACACGAAAUGAUUCCAUCGCAACACUAUAUGUUCUCAAACAAAAUGUGUCUACUAGCAAAAACACAAAAGACGAAAUGAACAUUACAAAUGGCAACAAUACGGUGGUGAAAAGUUCUCAUGAUGUGAAGAACAUCGAGGAGAAUGAAGAGGAAUGCAACAGUGGGACCGGAAGCAGAUAUUUCUUGCGAUCUAGUUCCUACGGCAGUCAGUGCAAGUCCCCUAAAGGGAGUUUUGUUUACUCUUGUGAUGGAAGUCCGCUGAGACUUGGACCCGAGACGGCCAUUCUAGGUUAUGCUGGGAAACACUGCAAAGAAUGUGAUACUUCAUCUCAUGAACAAGGCCAGCAUUCUUCAGAGACUUUGUUUCUUGAGGAACUGUAUGCCAAUAAUGCAAAGAUGAAUUCUUCAAAAGACGUUACAGUGGACAGUCUAGUUGUUUUCAACACGAUCACAGGAGAAAGACUUCUUCCUGACGGCUGUGAAGAGCAAAUGUACACUGAUAAAGAUGAACAUGAAACCGUCGACACCGUUAAGAGCAAUAACUCUGACGAUGGAAAAAACAACCUUCAUGAUACCUGCAUAUUAGUAUGUAAAAAGGUGUUCGUUUUCUCAGUUUCCAACGUAGGGCUUGCUUGUAUAGUAGUGGCAUAUGCAAUACUAGGCGCAAUUAUUUUCCAAAGUCUUGAGGCAUGGAAUGAAAAGAAAACAAGGUCCUUCAUCAGUGAAAUGCGUUCUGCAAGGAUGAAAGAAAUCAGGGACAUAGUCAACCAAUUAAACCACUUGAACAAGGAGGCAUGGACAAAUAAGGCUGAUAAAAUCAUGAAGACGUUCCAGCGAGAGCUAUACACGAAGACUAAAGGGCACGGCUGGGAUGGUGUGGAUGACGUGGUGGAGGGGGAAAGGGACUGGACGUUCGUGGGAGCUCUCCUCUACUCUGUUACGUUAAUAACUACUAUUGGAUAUGGUGACAUCACUCCGAAGACAGCCAGUGGACGGAUCGCUACCAUGUUUUAUGCCAUGUUAGGAAUCCCUUUAACACUUCUUUGCUUGGCAAAUUUCGGCAAUGUAAUGGCGCAAACGUUUCGUCAGUUAUUUUACAGAAUGGAGUUCAAGGUCGAAAAUAUGUUCUCGUACUUAAAAGGUCAAUACAUUGCAUCAAAGAAUAAGAGUGAGGGGCGCACUAUUUUCAAUAUACUUUGUACACGUCACAUGCCAUGCAAAAAAAGCAGUAGAUCAGAAAUGGAGCUCGAGGAAAGACAAGACGGCAAAUACAGAGGUAUUGAAUGCGAGUUAUGUCAGGUUGUUUCCGAUGCUGAAUUCCCUUGUGAACACGUAAACGCCCGCAGUGCAUCAAAGUGCACUGUCAGACAAGACGAGGUGUCGCGGGAGAACGAACAUCUACCUUUUAACAUGGCAGGCAGUAUUGAUUCCUCCUGUAACAGUUAUGAUAAACAAAGUGAAUCAAAGUCCAUCGGUAGCCUAGACAUUGACCAAACGUGCCCGACAGCGAGGUGUCAAAAGUUACUACACGGGAAACAGGACACAGACGAAACUCGGCCGAAAGCGAAGCAUAACAGACUGAAGCGUGGCCAUAAAGGGAUGUCGAUUAAACAGCGCAAGAAACUGGAGAAGGAUGUGCCUAUAUGGGUAUGUCUAGUUGUGGUGAUAAGUUACAACCUGUUAGGGAGUCUGCUUUUCGGACUAUGGGAGGAAGGUUGGGGAUUUAUUACCGGGUUUUAUUUCUGUUUUAUCACGCUGUCGACAAUUGGAUUUGGCGACAUUGUGCCAGGACACAGCAUUGAGUCGUGGCAAAGUCAGGAAAAACAGAUUAUAUGUACAAUCUAUCUUCUUGUCGGUAUGGCCAUGCUCGCCAUGUGCUUUGACCUGAUGCAGAGACAGAUUCGAGAACGGGCAAGACAUUGUGCUGUUUGGAUUGGACUUCUUGAUGAACAUGACACUCACAAGAUAACGGCAGUAUAGUAUCAGUGUAUAGCGUACAUUUCACGGAUGCUUAUUUUCUUCAGUUGAUCCAAUCCAUAUAUAUGGUGGCAUAUUCUUUCCAUACGUUUGCCCCGCCGUCUUUUUGAUUUUCACUCAGUUUAUGAUAUAAAUAAAAAAAAAGCUUACAGUAUCCGAAUAGCUAUAAUGAUGUGACAAUUUUAAUUAUUCAGUCUGCCAAGUCGUGAUAUAGUGUAAAUGAUCACGAAAUCACAAUAAGGCCCAUUACAACACUAGGGACACAAAGAGACACCAAUUGCAUUUUUGCGUAGAUGUUGACAAUGUUUGUGAUAGGAUCUGUCUAUUCAUGUACAUGUAUAUGAUAUAAUGAU